AUGAGUCGACACUCUUUCUUUCUUCUUCUUCUCGUUUCCUUACUGGAAGCGAUAUCUGCUCGGUCUCUCGAUACUCAGCGGCGUUGUGAAGACAGGUACCGAGCCUGCUCCAUAGAUGAUCCGUGUGGAACGAGCAGUUGUUAUGUUAUGCGGCGUUGCUGCAAAACCCUACGUUUUGGGGCUGUGAUGUGCGACUUAUUUUCAGUAAAUGUUCGCGAGUGUGGAUCGUUCCAGUGUGUAAACGGAGGAACGCGUCUUUCUUUACGCGGUAAACGUGAGAUCAAGUAUGAUAGAUGCGAUAUACCGCCACCACAGUGCGCAUGUCCACAAGGCUUUGGUGGACGAUGCUGUGAAGAACUGAUUGAUCCCUGCAAUUACACCAAGUGUGGAGAUGGACAAAUUUGUAAAUCAGUGGAAGUGUUCUGCAAGAAGGCCCCAUGUCCUCUCAAAGCCAUCUGCGUUCCAGACGCCGGUAUCUGUCCAUUGUUUCCAAACACAAUCACGACAUGUGAACUCGAACCAUUUGCUUGUCGAAACGAUUCGGAUUGUUCCGAUGGUCAGUUGUGUUGCAAAAGGGGAUGCGGCCUUGAAUGCGUAAAGUCUUUACCAACAGGAACUGCCGGUUGUGCUCGCGUUGUUUGUCGAAAUGGAACGGUUUGCAGAGAGACUAGCGUGGGCGUUUUAUGCCCCGUCAAAGGACCAUGCAAAAAGAAAGUAGAAUGCGUGCCUGAAGUUGUGGAACCUACAGUGCCCGAACCUACAGUGUUAGAAUCUAUCGAUACCACUCCUACAGUGAUAGAGUAUGACGCUACAACUACUACAGUCGUAAAUCCUACAGCGUUAGAAUCUACCGGUCCCGUUGAUUGUACACUGGUUCCAUGCCCAAACGGCCAGAUCUGCACAAAGAAGGUGUUUCCGUGCCUUAUUCCGCCGUGUCCAGAGCAGCACAAAUGUGUUUUACCCGAUCUGUGUGAUGAAGUACAAUGUCCAAUUGAAACGUCGUGCGUAGUCGAUAAUGGUCGUAUAGAAUGUGUGAGACGUGGCACGUGUCCCAAAUUUCCCGGUCUCAUCACGACGUGCGAAGUCCGUUCCGGACACUGUCUGAGCGACAUCGAGUGCCAGACCGGCGAGAAGUGCUGCAUUAGAGGAUGCGGUCGGGAGUGUGUUUCAGUUGUCACAGGUAACGGAGACAUCCAACAGAGUUCCCGUAUAUACUGACUUCUGUAAUGUAGUGUAAUGUGUUGUCUAUAGUAAAUCCUUGUGCUUUUACUCUGUGUCCUAAAGGGACCGUUUGCGUUGAAGAAAAUGAUGAAGGUGUAUGCAAAGACACAUACUGAGUGUUGAAUGUGCUGACAUAUUGUGACAUUGAUUGAUGAUGUCAAUAAUGCAUCAUCGAUUUACUUGCAAUAAUUAUACCAAUUUUGUCUGAAUGUUUAGAGGCGUAUCACAGGAACAGAUAUGUACUAGUUAUGCGUAGAGUGUGAUCAAUAAUUUGCUGUCGACGUGGACGUGCAUGGCUUCUAAUCAAA